CGUCGGGUGCCGAGGGCCCUGUUUCCCCUUGGGCUCAGCGCGCUGCGCGGCUAGGGCGCUUCCUCGCGGCUGUGAUGGGUACCGCCGUCUGUUGGCUGGGACGCCGACCUCGGAUUCUAUCCUUGGGACAAUAAAGACGAGGCCAAAGCCUCGAGGUGAGGCCACUGCCACCACACUUAGUCCCGCGACUCCUCGCGGGACGGGCGGAGGACUGGCGAGCUAGUCACCUCCUCGUCCAGUGCCUGCGGGGCCGGAAACCGGACGGGCACAUCCCUCGCUGCGUCCCAUUUUUCACCUCCCAGUAUAAAAAUAUUUAUAGGUUAAGUUCCUGGAGAAGAGAAUAGAGGCAGCUGAGAAGGAUGCUGGUGAACCAGUUAGGAAGCUACUGCAGCCAUCCCAGCAAGAUGUGGACUUGGGAGAUGGCAGAGACAUGUAGAAAAGUGUCCAGAUUGCAGAGGUCUACAAUCUCUACUCUGCAAUUUCAAAAUAAGACAAAAACAAAAACACUGUGAAACCCAAAAGUGUUUUUUCAUAAGUUUGGCACCAGGACUGUUUGGCAAUACAACCUGCAGUGAACAAAUAAGAAGCCUCUGUUGUCUCACACUUAUAUCCAUUAAUCACACAUGCCUCUGCUGUCUGCUGACAUUCAGUGAUUUGGGGAUUGAUUACACUGGAAAAUGUCCAAAAGAGUUCAAGAUAUACCUAUGGGUAACAGGGAGAAGAAGAAAAGGAAGCAUCUGUCUUUAUCAAUAGCUCAGAAAGUAGAGUUACUUCAGAAGCUUGAUGGCGGUAUGUCUGUACGGUGUCUCACUGAAGAAUAUGGUGUGGGAACCACCACCAUAUAUGACUUAAAGAAACAGAAAGACAAGUUGUUGAAAUUUUACAGUGACAGCGAUAACCAAGAACUAAUGAAAAAUAGAAAAACAUUGCAUAGGGCCAAAAAUGAAGAUCUUGACCGUGUGUUGAUUGAAUGGAUUCGUCAACAAAGAAGUAAAGACAUGCCAUUGACUGGUUUGUUGGUCAUGAAACAAGCUAGAAUAUACCAUGAAGAACUGAACAUCGAAGGGGAGUGUGAAUAUUCAGAAGGCUGGCUACAGAAAUUUAAAAAGCGUCACGGUAUCAAGUAUCUUAAAAUCUGUGGAGAAAAACCAUCUGCUGAUCAUGAAACUGCCGAAAAUUAUAUAGACGAAUUUGCUAAGAUCAUAUCUGAUGAAAACCUUAGCCCUGAACAAAUUUAUAAUGCUGAUGAAACAGCUCUGUACUGGUGCUAUGCUCCUAGAAAAACCUUAACAAUGGCUGAUGAAAGGACACCAACAGAUCUCAAGGAUGCCAAGCAAAGGUUAACUGUUCUUGGGUGUGCUAAUGCUACUGGCACACACAAGAUAAAAUUGGCAGUGAUUGGAGAAAGCCUGUAUCCAAGAUGUUUAAAGAGUGUGCCUAAUUUACCUGUGCAUUAUUAUGGAAACAAGAAAGCAUCAGUCACAAGAGAAAUCUUUUCUGACUGGUUCAAUAAGCACUUUGUUCCAGCAGCACGGGCUCAUUGCAAACAAGCCGGACUGGAAGACAACUGCAAAAUUUUGUUGUUCCUAGACAACUGUUCUGCACAUCCCCCUCCUGAACUUCUUGGGAAAAGUAAUGUUUUUGGCAUUUACUUUCCCCCCAAUGUGACAUCUGUAAUACAGCCUUGUGACCAAGGAAUUCUACGUUCCAUGAAAAGCAAAUAUAAACACUAUUUUUUGAACCGCAUGCUUGCUUCAGUUAACAGAGGCCUGAAAAUCCAGGAUUUCCUUAAAGAAUUUAGUCUUAAGGAUGCCAUCUAUGCAAUUGCAAAUGCUUGGAAUGACGUUGAUAAGUUAACAUUAACAAAUGCUUGGCACAGACUUUGGGCUACAAUGAUGUUUGAAAAUGACCUUGCUGAUGAUGAUUUUGAAGGAUUUAGAGACUCUAAUGAAAAGAUGAUGAUAUCAAAACUCAUUACUUACGCAAAAAGUUUAUCAGUUGAAAGUGUAAAUAAGUUAGAAGAAGCUGACAUUGAAGAAAUGCUGAACAUUGAUAACGAUGCACCCGUGGUGCAACCUUUGAGUGAUGGGGAAAUUGCUGAGAUGGUGUUAAAUACAGAUCCGUAUGAAGACAGUAGCAGUAAUGAUGAUGAUAUUAUGAGCAUGGGCAAAAAAAUCUCCAUAGACCAUAUGGUGAAAAUGUGUGACCGAUUAAUUGCUGGCCUUGAACGUUGUGCAUUUAUCAGUGAGCAAGAGCUCAUGGCAAUAUUCUCAAUUAAAGAAAAACUUAUUAGACAGAAGCCCAUGUAGGAGGAGGCAGAUGAUACUGGGAAAAGUCUAAAAAGACUCUAUGAUAAUAUCUAUUCCUCAUGUGAGAAUCCUCUUUCUGGCUCAUCAGAUGUCUAGCUCUAGUCUGGUUUCAUAGACAACGGUAAUAUUUGUGUCACCUUCUUUCCAAGAUUCUCAAGCAUCCAGAAGUGAUAAACAUUUAUUGCAUGUAUGUGUGUUUUGAGUUAGUUUUCAUCUAUAGAAAUAUUAAAGUUUACUGGAAAAUGUCCUUAGAAAUAAGCUUUAUCAAAAAUGAUAAAAGAAAUAAGAAAUUGAUAGUGUAUAUGGUCUAUCUUUAUCCUGUUUCAUUUACCAGUAAAUUUAUCUACCCACAGAUGUCAUUACCAGUAAAUUUACUAGUUUGCUUAUCUAAAUAAACUAAUAUUAUUUAUGGUCUUUAUUCCACUUAGUGUGAAUUUUUGUGUAUCUCUUUUCAGAAAUGUUAAUGUAUUUCAUUACGAAGUACAGUUGGGAAUACUCACUGGAAUAUUACAAAAUAUGUAUUAUAUGCAUUAUAUCCCAAAGAAUUUCUGUUUCUUUCUCAAUUCCAAAAAAUUCUCACUUCCAAAACAUCUGGUCACCAAGGUUUUGGAUAAGAGAUUGUAGAACUGUAAUAAUACUUCUUAGUUUUGAAGAUCCCUUGAGAUACUCUAUGUAAAGUGCCUGGCACAAAAUACAUGCUUGUUAUCUGCUACUGUUCCUUCUACCCUACUUUUAAAAUAUAGGAGAAGGUCAUUCUGUUAUAGAAAUUCAUAAGUCAGCCUAGCAUAGGUAUUCAUAAGUGUUCCUCAAAUUUUAUCACCCUAAGAGAUGCUUUGGCAAUGUACUGCUGAUAAUAUGUGCUAGAGAUCUCCCAGAUCUCUAUCCAAGACUUGGAAGCAUUUCCCAAAUUAGAGGAUAGAAAAUAUUAUGCUACAUCAAGCUACAUUGCAUGUUAGUAAAUUCAUACACCUCUAGUUAGCCCUUAUUUAUUCGUCAAAGAAAUGCAAUUAAUUGUUUAUCUGUCAGCUAACCAUUCCCUAGCUCCUUCUGCCACAAGCACUACAUAAAUAAGAGUUUAAUCCCUCAUGGGCAAAGAUUGAUUCUUAACCCUCUUUGUUGAACCUUCAUUGCUAUCAUAAGACUUCCAACUAACUGAAUAAAUAAAGUUGGUACUCUGUUUUAUAAAUAAAGUUAUUGUUAGCCUGAUGAAUGUAAUUGGUUCCCCACAGCCUGGUCUCUGUUUAGAUGUCUUUGUCCUAUUUGUUUAUUUAAAAUGUAAGAUGUAUUGAUUGUGUCUCAUUAAAAAAGGUAUACAUAAUUAUUGUAGAAAACAUAAAACAUAAAAAUAUGAUAUAUAAGAAAGGAUAUAAAAUCAUCCCUAGUCCUAUAUCCAGUGACGAUCGUUUUAACAUUUAUUUACUUUCAAAACUAUUGUGCUAAACUAAACCUUGUAAGGACAGAAAUCAUGUCCAUCUGUUCCUGUUUUCUACCCUGUCCUCACUAUCUCACAGUAAUAGGCACUUAAUACAUUUAAAGAAAAAACACAAACAUGUAGAAAUCAACGUUCACAGGGGUUUUGGGCAACAUUACUUUUAGUUAACACUAUAUUGUGAGCAUUUUUCCAUAAAUCCUAUUUAUUUUUAAAGUUUUACUUUAUUUAUUUCUUCCACAAGUGAGAGAGAGAAAGACAGCACCACCGGCAAGAUCUUAAUGUUGUGAUCCCGUCCCAGCUUCAGCAAGCCCUAAAUCAUGGACACAUUAUGUGCUCCACUUUCUUGGUGAGGUCUUCAGACACGAAUUUAGAACCUUCCCAUGAGGGUCAGCCUCACAGAGCUUUACAUUUCACCUCUGUGCUCUUUGGCCCCAUCCAUAUCAAUCCUGUUAGAUCUGACAAAGCCAGGUUUUUGCAUUGCAUUCAGCUUAUCCUCUUACCUUCUGGGACUUGCUACUCCCAGGCCAUAGGGUAAACAUCAUCCUACAGUCCUUCUGCCAGAGCAGCCUUCUUUCUUUGUUCUCCCCAUGCCCAUCAUAAUUGCCUCUAAUUUCCCAUUAGCUCGCACCCCAGCUCUCUGUUAGCUACUCUUAUAAGGUGUAGUAAACCCUCACCAUCAUGUGACUUCAUCUGUCAUCCAAAUGGCACUUGGCUCCUAUGCUCCACUCAGCACUGUUCUUCACUUGAGGUGAGUUAAAGUUGCACAGAAGAACCAUGACAGGGAAGGGAGAGAGAAUCCCAGUGGAAAAAGAUAUUGCAGCAACUCUCUCUUUGUAAGUAAGGAUGUGGCACAUAGAUCCUGUGUCCUCGGUAUUAAUGAUUCCAGUGUCAGAAUAAGUAACUGAAGCAGAUGCUGGCUAACUGGGAGAUGCCCAAAGUCCCUGCUGCCCUGGAAACCUCAGCCAGGCACAGGAUUGUCAGUCUGCCCCAUUGACAUCUUAGCCAAAGUGAACAACCAGCUGCCAGAUGAUACUAAGCUUUAUACUAUAAGCUAGACCCUAUGUAAGUGAAUUUUUGGACUUUGUUUAAUCUUAUGCCAGGCUUUUUCUGUAAAUUUUGAAAAAUUCAAAUAAAGGACACUGUUCUCUCCUCUUCCAAAUAAUAUGUUUUAUUAGCUGUUGACUUCCUUACCUAAGGAAAAUAAGUGUCACCUACCGUGUGCAUUCCAGUUGACUGGUUUUGGCUGCCUAAGACUGAGUUUUGAAUUUCAGCAGUCUCUGUCAGCCUGAAUCACGAGCAUGUACACACCCAGCAUGCUCAGAGACAUCUUAGGACACAAACCCAGGACCUUUCCCACAUGAGUCCAGUUGCAUUACCACUACAUUGCCACUUGGCCCCCAUAAUUUUUUUUAAUAGCUGUCUCACAAUCUGUCAUGUGACUGCAUUAUUCACUGAACUAGUUCCCUCUCAUUGGACAUAGAAGGAAUUAUCUUCCAGAAAAUCCAUUCCUGGACUUUGCCUCUCAAACCAGCAUUGAUGUAUGUGGCUGAGUGCCAGGAAUUAUGAAUGCCACAGGGUAAAUGUCUUAGAGCAAUAAAUAUUCCACAAAAUUGGAAGAGGAGAUUCAUUCUAAAAUAAGCCCAACCCGGAUAGAAUUAGAAUUAUAUAUGAAAAUUUAAGACAACACGAAAGGGAUUUUAAAGAUGGAAUAAAACAUGAUUGAAAAGAAAAUGACUUUGCAGACAUAUUUGUCAAUUAUAUAUAUAACCUGUAUUGGUAGAGCUGUGUGAUAAUUUUACAUCUUGUGCUUGUAUACAUAAGAAAGCAGCGGCACCAGCAGAUGGCAUAAUGGUUACAUCACUAGACUC